ACCCGGGCUAUUUUGGGCUAUUUUGGACUUGGAGCAGAGCGAAGCCCCAGGAAGACACAGGCCCACCUCCCACCCAUACAGACUCCCAUCAGCAGGACCUUCAUGUGACUUUCUUUGCCUCUGGGGCUGGAGUGGAGCACAAGGAGACAGUAGGAGGGGGGAUCAGUCUAAAACUACAAACUUCCUCUCCCUGCACCCCCACACCUGGAGCAUACCAAGUGGGUCUUUACAAAAUCCUGGAUCUACUGCCCUUUCUGGCUGAACCCUGAGAUAUUUCUGUAGAUAAGGCUCCCCAUGUACAGAGGGGCCCGGCCGCAGCUGUUCCACAUCCAAACAGAAGGCUGAAAACUUCUCAAGAACACAAGAGAGAAUACCAAAAUGGAUUACAGUUUAUUUAGCGGGGCACCACGGUUCCUCACCAGGCCCAAGGCCUUUAUGAUGUCUUUGGGGAAAGAUGCCACCCUGAGUUGCCAGAUAAUAGGAAACCCAACUCCCAUGGUCACAUGGGAGAAGGACAAACUCCCAAUCAAGUCGGAAGGUCGUUUUAAAAUGAUAGAAGAGGACAACCUGUAUCGAAUCACCAUUUAUGACCUACGAUUUGAAGACAGUGGUCAGUACAUCUGUAGGGCGAUCAACACCAUUGGUGAAGCCUUUGCAGCCGUGACCAUCAAAGUAGGGGAUGAAAAGGAAGGCACUGUUGCAGAAUGCUCACCCUUCUUUAUUUUGAAACCCAUCACCACGAAGAUUAGUCUAGGAGAAGAUGCCACAUUUCAGUGCAGGGUCCAAGGCAAUCCCUCACCAACAGUGAAAUGGGAAAAGGAUGGGAAAAUUCUUGGCAAAGGUUUUGACUCCAAUCGCAUUCGGAUUAUAGAUAAUGGUGAGUCCAGCUCUGUAAAAAUACACUGCAUAAGGUUUUCAGACAGUGGAACAUAUUUAUGUCGGGCAGAGAACCCUGUAGGACAAGCCACGGCUUCCGCAUCAUUGUUGAUUGAUUCUUUUUCAAACAGCACAACUGCUCUGGAGCCUACCUAUGCCAAAACAACUUCUCUGUUGUCCCACCUUCAAAAACGACGGGAAGAAAUGAGGAAAUCAGACACAUCAAUCAUCGGUACCGUUGACUCCAAUGCCACAUCGUAUGGAGCUGUGGAUUCAUUAUCCAGCCUUGGCUUUAGCUUGAGUCUUGACUAUGAAAGAGCUGCCUCCCUCGCACCAAAAAUGAGCCGUGAUGGAACAUUUGGUGUUCUUACCCGUACUUGCACGGUGACUGAGGGGAAGCACGCCAAAAUGAGUUGCUAUGUAACCGGGGAACCCAAACCUGAAAUUGUCUGGAAAAAGGAUGGAGACAUUAUCACAGAGGGGCGGAGGCAUGUCAUUUAUGAGGAUGAGCAAGAGAACUUUGUAUUGAGAAUUUUAUUUUGCAAGCAAAUCGACAAUGGCUUGUACACCUGCACAGCCUCUAAUCUGGCGGGACAGACCUACAGCUCAGUGCUGGUUAUAGUAAAUGAACCUAGAAUACCUUUCAGAACAAAACUGAGAGAUCUGGAGGUCAGAGAGAAAGAAUCGGCCACCUUCCAAUGCGAGGUUCCAAGCGCCAUCACAGAAUCAUCUUGGUACAAGGAGGAAACUCAGAUCGAGCAAAGUUCCAAGUACAAUAUUGAAGAUCAGGGAUCCAUCAGAAGGCUCACCAUCCAAAAUAUCACCGCUGAUGAUGAUGCCGUGUAUAUCUGUGAAAUGAAGGAAGGCAGCAGGACAAUCGCUGAGCUCUCUGUUCAAGGAAACAUCAUCAAAAAGCUUCCAAGAAGGACAUCAGUUCCGAUUAGUGAUACAGCCAUGUUCUGUGUGGAGCUGGAUAACGAAUGCCAGAAAUUCAAGUGGUUAAACAAUGGUGAAGAAGUAAAACCCGGAGGACGGAUUUCCAUCACUUCCUCUGGGAAACAGCACACUAUGACCAUCCGUGAAUGUCAGAAUAGCGAUGCCGGAGAGAUAACCUUCAUAGCAGAUGAUUGUAGGACAUCCACCAAGUUCACCAUCACCAGUUUAAGGAAACCACCUUCUAAUGCACCCACUAACCCCAUGGUGAAGGAUAAAACAGAAACAUCAGUUACAUUAGUCUGGUCCCCUCCCCCAAUGGAUAGGCCCGUACCCAUUGACGGGUACAUCGUAGAACGGAAGAAACUUGGAGCCACCACCUGGCUGAGAUGCCACGAAUCAACCAAUGUGCCUGUUCCACAGUUCACCGUCAACAAUGUUUUUGAUGAAGGAAGUUACCAGUUCCGUGUUAGUGCUGUGAACACCUAUGGGCAGAGCCCUUACCUCGAAUUCCCAGGAACUCUGCAUCUUGAACCUGUACCUUCUGUUAAAACUCCACUAAGGCCUGCAGAAGUCACUUUGGGUGGAGAGGCAACAUUCACAAUUGACCUCAGCACUGUUUCUUCAGGCGUCUGGCUGAUCGAUGGAAAAUUAAUUCAGAACAGUGAGCGGUACACAAUAAGGCGGGUGAAAAAUACUCACACCCUUAUUAUUCAGAGCAUCACCCAGGCCGACCAUGAAACGGAAGUGAAAUUCACCAGUAAUGGGAUCGAGAGCAGCGCUAGGCUUAGGGUGAAAGCUCUUCCACAGUUCACCAACACCAAGAAGAUCAAUGAUGUAAAGGUGGUCGCUGGAGAGCAGGCAGAACUUAUCUCAGAGACUUCAGAGGAGAAUGUGAAGGUUCUGUGGUACAAAGACAACAAAGAGAUCCGACACUCCAAAAAGUUCUCGCUGGAAGUUAAAGGGAAACAGCACAAACUGCUUGUCAAUGCUGUCAAGAAGGAAGAUGAGGGGACGUACUCUUGCAAAAUUGGAGUUGACUCAGUUGUGUUUACUUUAAAAGUUACAGAACCUGAGCCAGUGUUUACUAACCAAGAGAAAGUGCAGAAGGAGGUUCAGGCCACACUGACAGAGAGCGCUACCCUCAAAUGCGAGGUGACCCAGUCCAAAACUGAGGUGAAGUGGUAUAAGGAUGGGAAACUCAUCACCUCCAGCAAGAGAGUGAGAGUGGAGUCCGAGGGCAAAUCCCGCCGCCUAGUGGUGGAGCAGUUAGAGAAGAAAGAUGCUGGAGAGUACAGCUGUGAGGCUGUUGGAGAGAAAAUUAACUUCAGAAUCAAAGUUAUUGAACCUGAGCCAGCAUUUAUCAACAUAGAGAAGGUACAGAAGGAGGUUCAGGCCACCUUGAAUGAGAGCACCACGCUGAGCUGUGAGGUGUCCCAGGCUAAGACUGAGGUGAAGUGGUACAAGGAAGGCAAACAGAUCACUUCAAGCAAGAAAAUGAGGUUAGAGUCUGAGGGCAAAGUUCGUCGACUGGUGGUGGAGAAAGUUGAGAAACAAGAUGCUGGAGAAUACAGCUGUGAGGCUGCCGGGCAGAAGAUCAAUUUUAAGAUUAAUGUUAAAGAGCCUGAGCCAGCAUUCACCAACACAGACAAGAUACGGAAGGAGGUUCAGGCCACCCUAAAUGAGAGCACCACCCUGAGCUGUGAGGUGUCCCAGGCCAAGACUGAGGUGAAGUGGUACAAGGAUGGGAAAGUCAUAACCUCCAGCAAGAGAGUCAGGGUGGUGGCUGAGGGCAAAUCUCGUCAUCUGGUGAUGGAGAAAGUGGAGAAACAAGAUGCUGGAGAAUACAGUUGUGAGGCUGCCGGGCAGAAGAUCAAUUUUAAAGUUGCAGUAAAAGAACCUGAGCCAGCAUUCAUCAACCAGGAGAAGGUACAGAAGGAGGUUCAGGCCACACUAAAUGAGAGCGCCACCCUGAGCUGUGACGUGUCCCAGGCCAACACUGAAGUGAAGUGGUACAAGGAGGGGAAACUCAUCACCUCCAGCAAGAGGGUCAGGGUGGUGGCUGAGGGCAAAUCUCGUCGUCUGGUGGUGGAGAAAGCGGAAAAACAAGAUGCUGGAGAAUACAGUUGUGAGGCUGCCGGGCAGAAGAUCAAUUUUAAAAUUGCAGUAAAAGAACCUGAACCAGCAUUCAUCAACCAGGAGAAGGUACAGAAGGAGGUUCAGGCCACCCUGACAGAGAGCACCAGCCUGAGCUGUGAGGUGUCCCAGGCCAAGACUGAGGUGAAGUGGUACAAGGAUGGGAAACUCAUCACCUCCAGCAAGAGAGUCAUGGUGGAGUCUGAGGGCAAAUCUCGUCUCUUGGUGGUGGAGAAAGUAGAGAAACAAGAUGCUGGAGAAUACAGCUGUGAGGCUGUAGGACAGAAGAUAAGUUUUAAGAUCAAUGUGAAAGAGCCAGAACCAGUGUUCGCCAACCUGGAGAAGUUGCAGAAAGAAGUUCAGGCCACCCUAACAGAAACUGCCACCCUGAGCUGUGAGGUGUCCCAGUCCAAGACCGAGGUGAAAUGGUUCAAGGACGGGAAACAAAUCACCGCCAGCAAGAAAAUUAAAGUGGUGUCUGAGGGCAAGUCCCGUCGGCUGGUGGUGGAGCAGUUGGAGAAAAAAGAUGCUGGAGAGUACAGCUGUGAGGCUGCCGGGCAGAAGAUCAAUUUCAAGAUCAAUGUCAAAGAGCCAGAACCUGUGUUCGCCAACCAGGAUAAAGUACAGAAAGAAGUUCAGGCCACCCUAACAGAAACCGCCACCCUGAGCUGUGAGGUGUCCCAGUCCAAGACCGAGGUGAAAUGGUACAAGGAUGGGAAACAAAUCAUCACCAGCAAGAAAAUUAAAGUGGUGUCUGAGGGCAAGUCCCGUCGGCUGGUGGUGGAGCAGUUGGAGAAGAAAGAUGCUGGAGAAUACAGCUGUGAGGCUGCCGGGCAGAAGAUCAAUUUCAAGAUCAAUGUCAAAGAGCCAGAACCAGUGUUCGCCAAUCAGGAUAAAGUACAGAAAGAAGUUCAGGCCACCCUAACAGAAACUGCCACCCUGAGCUGUGAGGUGUCCCAGUCCAAGACCGAGGUGAAAUGGUUCAAGGACGGGAAACAAAUCAUCACCAGCAAGAAAAUUAAAGUGGUGUCUGAGGGCAAGUCCCGUCGGCUGGUGGUGGAGCAGUUGGAGAAGAAAGAUGCUGGAGAAUACAGCUGUGAGGCUGCCGGGCAGAAGAUCAAUUUCAAGAUCAAUGUCAAAGAGCCAGAACCAGUGUUUGCCAAUCAGGAUAAAGUACAGAAAGAAGUUCAGGCCACCCUAACAGAAACCGCCACCCUGAGCUGUGAGGUGUCCCAGUCCAAGACCGAGGUGAAAUGGUUCAAGGACGGGAAACAAAUCACUGCCAGCAAGAAAAUUAAAGUGGUGUCUGAGGGCAAGUCCCGUCGGCUGGUGGUGGAGCAGUUGGAGAAGAAAGAUGCUGGAGAAUACAGCUGUGAGGCUGCCGGGCAGAAGAUCAAUUUCAAGAUCAAUGUCAAAGAGCCAGAACCAGUGUUCUCCAACCAGGAUAAAGUACAGAAGGAAUUUCAGGCCACCCUAACAGAGAGCGCCACCCUGAGCUGUGACGUGUCCCAGGCUAAGACUGAGGUGAAAUGGUACAAGGAUGGGAAACAAAUCAUCACCAGCAAGAAAAUUAAAGUGGUGUCUGAGGGAAUGUCUCGUCGGCUGGUGGUGGAGCAAAUUGAGAAGAAAGAUGCUGGAGAAUACAGCUGUGAGGCUGCUGGGCAGAAGAUCAGCUUCAAGAUCACCGUCAAAGAUCCAGAGCCAGUGUUCUCCAACCAGGAUAAAGUACAGAAGGAAUUUCAGGCCACCCUAACACAAAGCACCACCCUGAGCUGUGACGUGUCCCAGGCUAAGACCGAGGUGAAAUGGUACAAGGAUGGGAAACAAAUCAUCACCAGCAAGAAAUUUAAGGUGGUGUCUGAGGGAAUGUCUCGUCGGCUGGUGGUGGAGCAAAUGGAGAAGAAAGAUGCUGGAGAAUACAGCUGUGAGGCUGCUGGGGAGAAGAUCAGCUUCAAGAUAACCGUCAAAGAGCCUGAGCCAGCUUUUAUCAACACAGAGAAGGUUCAAAGGGAGGUUCAGGCAACCCUAAAUGAGAGCACCACUCUGAGCUGUGAGGUGUCCCAAACUAAGACUGAGGUGAAGUGGUACAAAGAUGGUAAACUCAUCACCUCCAGCAAGAGAGUCAGGGUGGAGUCUCAGGGCAAAUCUCGUCUCCUGGUGGUGGAGAAAGUGGAGAAACAAGAUGCUGGAGAAUACAGCUGUGAGGCUGCCGGGCAGAAGAUCAAUUUCAAGAUAAAUACUAAAGAGCCUGAGCCGGCCUUCACCAAUACAGAGAAAGUACAGAAAGAGGUUCAGGUUACCCUAAAUGACAGUGCCACCCUGAGCUGUGAGGUGUUCCAGGCCAAGACUGAGGUGAAGUGGUACAAGGAAGGGAAACUGAUCACCUCCAGCAAGAGAGUAAAGGUGGAGUAUGAAGGCAAAUCUCGUCGCCUGGUGUUGGAGAAAGUAGAGAAACAUGAUGCUGGAGAAUACAGCUGUGAGGCUGCUGGACAGAAAAUCAAUUUCAAAAUCAAUACCAAAGAACCUGAGCCAGUGUUCAUCAACCAGGAGAAGGUACAGAAGGAGGUUCAGGCCACCCUGACAGAGAGCACCAGCCUGAGCUGUGAGGUGUCCCAGGCCAAGACUGAGGUGAAGUGGUACAAGGAUGGGAAAGUCAUCACCUCCAGCAAGAGGGUCAGGGUGGAGUCUGAGGGCAAAUCUCGUCGCUUAGUGGUGGAGAAGGUAGAGAAACAAGAUGCUGGAGAAUACAGCUGUGAAGCUGCCGGGCAGAAGAUCAAUUUUAAGAUCAAUACUGUUGAGCCUGAGCCGACCUUCACCAAUACAGAGAAAGUACAGAAAGAGGUUCAGGUCACCCUAAAUGACAGUGCCACCCUAAGUUGUGAGGUGUCCCAGGCCAAGACUGAGGUGAAGUGGUACAAGGAAGGGAAACUGAUCACCUCCAGCAAGAGAGUCAGGGUGGAGUCUGAAGGAAAAUCUCGUCGCCUGGUGGUGGAGAAAGUAGAGAAACAAGAUGCUGGAGAAUACAGCUGCGAGGCUGCUGGACAGAAAAUCAAUUUCAAAAUCAAUACCAAAGAACCUGAGCCAGUGUUCAUCAACCAGGAGAAGGUACAGAAGGAGGUUCAGGCCACCCUGACAGAGAGCACCAGCCUGAGCUGUGAGGUGUCCCAGGCCAAGACUGAGGUGAAGUGGUACAAGGAUGGGAAACUCAUCACCUCCAGCAAGAGGGUCAGGGUGGAGUCUGAGGGCAAAUCUCGUCGCUUAGUGGUGGAGAAGGUAGAGAAACAAGAUGCUGGAGAAUACAGCUGUGAAGCUGCCGGGCAGAAGAUCAAUUUCAAGAUCAAUACUGUUGAACCACAGGCCAAAUUCUUGAAGAAGCCAUCAAAGCAAGAGCCCAUCCUUGUCCAAGAGGAUGAAGACAUUAUACUGAAGACCUCUGUCCAACCAGAAAAUACUGAGGUUAGAUGGUUUAAGGAUGGAAAGGAGCUGAUGGCAACAAAGAAGUACCAAAUAUCUGCUGAAGGAGCCACAAGAACCCUAGUAGUAAAGGUGGCAGAGAGCAAAGACAGCGCAAACUAUUCCUGCACAACAAACAAUGACAAACAAGAAUUCAAAGUGCAGGUUAAAGAAAUCCCCCAGAAGUUUCAGAAGAAAUUAGAAGCUGUCACUGGGGAAAUAGGAAGCAACAUCACUUUGACCUGCGAGCUAAGCCAGGCCAAAGGAGAUGUGAUUUGGCACAAAAACGGACAGGAGAUUAAAUCCGGCAAACAUUUUGAGAUCAGAAGCGAUGGGGCCAAACGCAUUUUGACCAUCUCAGGGCUCAAGGCAGAUGAUGAAGGAGAGUACUCAUGCGAAUCAAGAAAUGACAAGACCAUCACCCAACUGACGACCAAAGCACCUAGAGUAGUGAAAUUCACUGGAGAACUCAGCAAUGCAGUAGUGGAAGAGGGGGGUGAAGCCACCUUGAAAUGUACCAUCUCCUUGGAAGAUGCAGAGGUGACUUGGCAUAGAAAUGGGGUCAAGAUUGAAAGCAACAAAAAAUACACCAUCAAUAAAAAAGGCACAAACCACAGUCUACUGAUCAAGCAGCUGGUCCUGCAAGAUGCAGGAGAGAUUAUGGCAGAGUCAGAAGGGAUACAGACUAAGGCAUCUCUCAAGGUCCGAGAAAAACCAGUGACUUUCAAGAAAAAGCUGGAAUCUAUCACUAUCGAGGAAAGACAGAUGGCCCGGUUUGAAGUUGAACUCUCUAAGGCUACCAAGGAAGUGAAAUGGAUGAAAAACAGCAUUGUCCUGCAGCCCUCUGAGAACAUAGAGAUCCAGUCUGAAGGAACCAAGCAGAUCCUCAUCCUUAAGAAUGUAGAGUACACCGACCGAGGCCUGUACUGCUGUGAGACUCUGGAUGACAAGACACAGGCCAAGCUCAAUGUGGAAAUGCGCCAAGUGAAAGUGGCCAAAGGGCUAAAGGAUGUAGAAGUCCAUGAGAAAGAUAGUGCCACAUUUGAGUUGGAGCUGUCCCAUGAAGAUGUGGAAGGAUUUUGGAUGAAAGACGGAAUCAAAUUGAAACCAUCAGAUACAUGUAAAAUUACUGUUAAGGGCAAGAAGCACUCUCUAACUUUGUCUUCUCUGAAGAUGGACGAUUCAGGCCCUGUGGUAUUUAAAUCAGAAGGAUUACAAUCUUCUGCCAAGCUCACAGUUAAAGAACCACCAGUAAAAUUCACCCUACCUCUGAAAGACAUCAAAGCACCAGAGAAGGAGAAGGUGACAUUUGAAUGUGAGGUGUCCAGACCUAAUGCCGAAGUGAAAUGGUUGAAGGAUGGUUCUGUUUUAAAACCCAGUAAAAAAGUUGCCAUUAUUUCACAAGCCAAAAAAAGGAGCGUGACAAUUCACAAGUGUGAGCGUGAAGACCAAGGAACAUAUGUUUGUGAUGCAGGAGAAGACAAGACCUCUGCAAACUUGACUGUUCAUGCUCGAGACAUCCAGAUCAUUAAAACUCUUGUAGAUGUGGAAGUGGUAGAAAAGGAGAGUGCAUCAUUUAUGUGCCAGAUUUCUCAUGAUGAGGUGCAAACCCAGUGGUAUAAAAAUGACAUCAAGCUGAAAGCAGGAGAGAAUGUAAAGAUGCGUCAAGAAGGAAGAACAUAUUCAUUGUUUUUCCAGAGUGUCCAGGCUGAGGAUGCAGCUGAAAUCAAAUUUGUGGCUGAAACAGCUGAAUCUAGAGCAAACCUAAAAAUAAAAGAACUUCCAGUUAAAAUUGUGAAGCCCCUACGUGAUAAGAUCGCCAUAGAGAAGCACAGGGCAUUCCUUGAGUGCCAGGUUUCAAGAGCGAACGCAGAAGUGACUUGGUACAAAAAGAACAAACAGAUUGCCCCAGGUGAUAAAUACGAGAUUGUGAGCCAGGGACUGUACAGAAAACUCAUCAUCAAUGAAGCAGAGUUUGAGGAUGAAGAUACCUACACAUGCGAUGCGGGAGAUGACAAGACUUCAGCUAAACUUCUCAUUGAAGAACAAUCAAUUAAUAUUGUGAAGGAGCUGGCAGAUGUACAAGUGACGCAGCCAGAAUCUGCUACAUUUGAAUGUGUCACCUCAAUUGUGUCAGUGAAGCCCCCGAAAUGGACCCUCGGUGGAAAAGUUCUUUGUGAUGGAAAAGGCAUCACCAUAGAACAAGAUGGAACCAUCCACCGACUGACAUUGAGGAAGACUUCUCCUGAGAUGUCUGGAGCUGUCCAGUUUCACAUCGGAAAGUCCAAGUCUUCUGCCAAUCUUUUGGUUAAAGAAAUCCCUGUUAAGGUCACACAACAUAUUGAGGAGAAGACUGCCAAUGAGCGCCAGACUGUGAUACUGUCCUGUGAAUUUAAGCCUCCUCCCAAGUUUGUGGAAUGGUUUAAAGAUAAACGCCAAAUUGAAGCAUCAGAGAGGUUCAAACUGAAGCUGGAGAGGAACAUGGCAGAGCUCAAAAUCUUACACGUGACUCCAGAGGAUUCUGGAACAUACACCUGCAAAGCUGGAGAUGCAGAGACAUCAGGGAAACUAAAUGUACAUGCCCGUGAUGUGAAAGUCUUGAAGCCCCUGAAGGAUGUUGAGGUUGAAGAAGAAAGCUGUGCUGUGUUCUCCUGUGAGUUGUCCCACGAUGAUGAGGAUGUGGAAUGGUUCUUGAACAACACUCUCCUGUACUCCAAUAAUUUCAAUGACAUCCAGAAAAUUGGGGCCACUCACACUCUUACUCUGAAACAGGUGGCCCCCGAGGACUCUGGAACAGUGAGUGUGAAGACUAAGAAACUCUCCUUCAGUUCACAGCUGAAAGUUAAAGAAAAAACAGCUGUUUUCAUGAAGUCCUUAGAUGAUGCCGUAGGUGAGGAACGAGGAUCAGUUACUUUAGAGUGUGAAGUCUCCAAGGCCAAAGUAAAACCAGUCUGGAAGAAAGAUAACCAAGUCCUGCCUAAUGGAGACAAAUAUCAGCAGAUGCAGGCAGGAAAAACCAUAUGUUUGAUCAUCCAUGACCUUAACAAGUCUGAUGCAGGACUGUACAUCUGCGAUAUUGGAACAGAUACUGCAAAGUCCAAAAUCAGUGUGCAGGAGCUCAACAUUGGAAUCACUAAACGUCUCAAGAGCUCCGAGGCUAAAGAGGGUGAGAGUUGUACCUUUGAGUGCAUUCUUUCUCACGAGAGCAUCGAUGAAUGUUCCUGGACAGUGAAUGGACAGAGUGUAGACGGUGACAAACGCUUCGAUGUCUCUAAUAGGGGACGGAAAUAUGUGCUUCAUAUAAAAGAAGUGAGAGCGAGAGAUGCUGGGGAAAUCAUAUUCACAGCUCGAAAUCUGAACUCCAAGGCAUCCCUGACUGUUAAAGAAAAACCAGCUGAAAUAAUCAAACCAUUGGAAGAUAAAACCAUUCCAGUAGGAGAAGACAUUGUCUUGAAGUGUGAACUGUCUAAAGAAGACACAAAUGUAAAAUGGUGCAAAGAUGGAAAGGUGCUGAAGAAAAGCCAAAAAUAUGAAUUUUUCCAGGAAGGAAUUGAAACCCGAAUGACAGUUCAUGAAGUCACGUCAAAGGACUCUGGAGAGUAUACUUGUGAAACCAGCAUCUCCAAAACAAAAGCCAGUAUCCAAAUAAAAGAAAAACCCAAUAGGUUCACCAAGGAAUUGUCAGAUAUUAAAAUUGAAGAAGGAGAGUCUGCGCUGUUUACCUGUGAGACAGAGAAGGAGGCAUCCUCUGUAGCCUGGAGAAAAGGGAUAAUGGAGAUCAAAUCAAGUGUAAAAUAUGAAAUGAGUCAGAAAGACAAUGCCUUAAGCCUGCAGGUCAACGACUUGGAGAAGAGUGACAGUGACCUCUAUAUAUGUGACAUUAAAGAUGCACAGACAAAGGCCAACCUCACUGUCAAAGGCCACAAAGUUCUUAUAGUUGAAGACCUGGAAGACAUUGAAGUUUAUGAAGGCGAAAGUGCCACAUUUAAAUGUAGAAUCUCUCCAGCACAUUACAGAAAUGUACAGUGGUCUUUGGACAAAACCCCAUUGCAUACCAAUGAUGUAAAUGAGAUUCAGUCUCAUCCUGAUGGAUACCAUACUCUAUCCCUGAAGCAACUUUCGAUAAAGGACUGUGGUGUUGUUACUUUUGAAGCUGGAAAUCAAAAAUCAUCUGUAAAUUUGGUAGUCAAAGAGAAACCUUGCAUUAUUACAAACGCACUCAGUGACUGUGAAGUUAUGGAGGGUGAGAAUGUGACUCUUCACUGUAAGACCUCCAAACCACAUGGGUCUGUAAAAUGGUACAAAGAUGGAAAAGUUCUCAGACAAUCGUCCAAGUACCAAAUUGAUAGAUCUGGAUGUGAAGCUUCUCUUGUCAUUUGUAAUGCAAUGGGAGUAGACAGUGCCACAUAUGUCUGUGAAUUUGGGACCUCUAAAACUAGUGCAGUUGUUGCUGUUAAGGCCCCACAGGCCUAUUUUAAACGGGAGCUACAGAGCAGUGAAGCUGUGGAAGGGGAAACAGCCACGUUGUGGUGUGAACUGUCCAACCCUAACGCUGAGGUGGAAUGGAACAAGGAUGGAAAUGUGCUUAAAGUCAGCAAGAAGCAUGAAAUGCGAGUGAAAGACCACAGGGUGGAAUUACUGAUCCACCAUGUAGUAGAGGAAGAUGCUGGAACCUAUAUAUGUAGAACUGGAGAUAGGACAUCAUCAGCAACUCUAACUGUGAAAGUUGAGCAAAUUAUGUUCAAACGAGGGCUCAGGAAUGAGAAAGCCAAAGAAGGAGGCAGCGUGAAGUUGCACUGUGAGCUGAGCAAGGCAAAUGCAUCUGUAGAGUGGAUGAAGGGCAGUCAAGUGCUGGAGAACGGAGAGAAGUACAACAUGAAGCUCGUCGGCACUGUGGCUGAGCUGUUUAUCCUGAAUGCAAAGCUGGAAGAUUCUGGAGACUAUACUUGUGAUACUGGAGACCAAAAGAGCACAGCUCAUGUGACAGUGACUGCCCUGCCUGUUCGCUUCAAACAAGACCUGAAAGAUGCUGAGGUUGAAGAAGGCUCCUCUGUGACAUUAUCUUGUGAAGUCACUAAGCCUGACGCCCCGGUCACGUGGAAAAAGGGCAUCACAACCCUUCAAGCCAAUGAGAAAUAUGAAUUCAGGCAAAAAGAAUGCCUAGUAGAUUUUAUUAUUCAUAAGGUAGUACCAGAGGAUUCUGGGACCUACACUUGUGAUACUGGAGACCAACAGACUUCGGCACGUGUCAAAGUUAAGGAACUGCCAGCCCUUUUCAAAGAAGAACUUAAACACCAGGAGGUCUCAGAAGGUGAAUCUGCCACCCUGCACUGUGAGCUCACAAAGGCCAAUGCCUCAGUUGAAUGGAAGAAAGAUCACAGAAUGAUAAAACAGAGCAAAAAGUACAAGAUCCGACAGGAGGGUACAGUUUCCGAGCUAGAAAUACGUGACCUGGUAUUGGAGGAUUCAGGAGAUUAUAGCUGCGUAUGUGGGGACCACAAGACUACGGCAACAGUGACAGUAGCUGCUUCCCCACCACGUUUCAUUGAGGAACUAAGAGAUGGGAAGGCCACAGAAGGCCAACAGGCCACUCUUCACUGUGAGUUAACCAAACCCGGAGCUGUCUUGGAAUGGAAGAAAGGUCAAUCUUCUCUUAAACCUGGUGGGAAAUAUUCAAUGAGGCAGGAAGGUCUCUCUGCUGAGCUUUUAAUCAACAAUCUUGAAGAAAGCGAUUCGGGUCUUUAUACGUGCGUGUGUGGGGAUCAGCAGACGACAGCAACCCUAACAGUGAAUGCACUUCCGGUAUUCUUUAAAAAGAACCUGAGAGACGCAGUUGCCACAGAAGCAGAAAUGGUCAAUCUUCAGUGCGAGCUCUCCAAACCGGCCACGAAUGUGGAAUGGAAGAAAGGGCAUAGGCUGCUGAAGGAAAGUGACAAGUUUACAAUGAAAAUUGAAGGCUUGGCCGCUGAGCUAAUCAUCAGUGAUCUAAACGUAAAAGACAGUGGCGAAUACACAUGCGUUUGUGGAGACCAGGAGACCACCGCAAAUCUAACAGUUAAUGCUCUGCCAAUCCUUUUCAAAGAAGAACUGAGCAAUAAAGAAAGCACAGAGGGGGAAACAGUUUCUCUGCGCUGCAUCUUGACCAAAGCUCCUGGCCAUGUUGAGUGGAGGCAGGGUCACAAAGCUCUGAGAUCAAGUCCCAAGCAUGAAAUGAGUGUGGAAGGGGCUACUGCAGAGCUAAUAAUCCAUAAUUUGGAACUGAAAGACAUGGGAGAAUAUACGUGCGUGUGCGGUGAACAACAGACUACAGCUGUCUUAAUAGUGAAUGCCUUGCCUAUUCACUUCAAACAUGGACUUAAAGAUGAGAACAUAAAAGAGGGAGACCAAGCAAUCUUGCACUGUGAGCUUAGCAAACCCAACGCGACUGUUCAAUGGAAAAAGAAUAGUGAGGUCUUAACGACAUCUGAAAAACACAUAUUGUGCCAGGACGGUGCUAUUGCCGAAUUGCUGAUUCCUCAUAUAGAGGAGGAAGACUCUGGGGUUUACACCUGUAUUUGUGGAGAUGUGGAGACCUCGUCGACCUUAAGCGUUAUAGCUUUACCCCCUCGUUUUAAAGAGGACCUUAAGAAUAAAGAAGCAGUUGAAGGAGACUCCAUCACACUGCGCUGUGAGCUGACCAAGCCUAAUGCUUCUGUAGGGUGGAAGAGAGGACAGAAGACGCUCAGAUCAAGUGACAAAUAUAAGAUGAGGCAGGAAGGCCUGGUGGCUGAGCUAGUUAUAAGUCAGUUAGAUCUGCAGGAUGCUGGGAAAUACACCUGUGUUUGUGGAGAUCAUGAAACAACAGCCACUCUGACUGUGAAUGCUUCCCCACCACGUUUCAUUGAGGAACUAAGAGAUGGGAAGGCCACAGAAGGCCAACAGGCCACUCUUCACUGUGAGUUAACCAAACCCGGAGCUGUCUUGGAAUGGAAGAAAGGUCAAUCUUCUCUUAAACCUGGUGGGAAAUAUUCAAUGAGGCAGGAAGGACUCUCUGCUGAGCUUUUAAUCAGCAAUCUUGAAGAAAGCGAUUCGGGUCUUUAUACGUGCGUGUGUGGGGAUCAGCAGACAACAGCAACCCUAACAGUGAAUGCACUUCCGGUAUUCUUUAAAAAGAACCUGAGAGACGCAGUUGCCACAGAAGCAGAAAUGGUCAAUCUUCGGUGCGAGCUCUCCAAACCGGCCACGAAUGUGGAAUGGAAGAAAGGGCAUAGGCUGCUGAAGGAAACUGACAAGAUUACAAUAAAAAUUGAAGGCUUGGCCGCUGAGCUAAUCAUCAGUGAUCUAAACGUAAAAGACAGUGGCGAAUACACAUGCGUUUGUGGAGACCAGGAGACCACAGCAAAUCUAACAGUUAAUGCCCUGCCAAUCCUUUUCAAAGAAGAACUGAGCAAUAAAGAAAGCACAGAGGGGGAAACAGUUGCUUUGCGCUGCAUCUUGACCAAAGCUCCUGGCCAUGUUGAGUGGAGGCAGGGUCACAAAGCUCUGAGAUCAAGUCCCAAGCAUGAAAUGAGUGUGGAAGGGGCUACUGCAGAGCUAAUAAUCCAUAAUUUGGAACUGAAAGACAUGGGAGAAUAUACGUGCGUGUGUGGUGAACAACAGACUACAGCUGUCUUAAUAGUGAAUGCCUUGCCUACUCACUUCAAACAUGGACUUAAAGAUGAGAACAUAAAAGAGGGAGACCAAGCAAUCUUGCACUGUGAGCUUAGCAAACCCAACGCGACUGUUCAAUGGAAAAAGAAUAGUGAGGUCUUAACGACAUCUGAAAAACACAUAUUGUGCCAGGACGGUGCUAUUGCCGAAUUGCUGAUUCCUCAUAUAGAGGAGGAAGACUCUGGGGUUUACACCUGUAUUUGUGGAGAUGUGGAGACCUCAUCGACCUUAAGCGUUAUAGCUUUACCCCCUCGUUUUAAAGAGGAUCUUAAGAAUAAAGAAGCAGUUGAAGGAGACUCCAUCACACUGUGCUGUGAGCUGACCAAGCCUAAUACUUCUGUAGGGUGGAAGAGAGGACAGAAGACGCUCAAAUCAAGUGACAAAUAUAAGAUGAGGCAGGAAGGCCUGGUGGCUGAGCUAGUUAUAAGCCAGUUAGAUCUGCAGGAUGCUGGGAAAUACACCUGUGUUUGUGGAGAUCAUGAAACAACAGCCACUCUGACUGUGAAUGCUUCCCCACCACGUUUCAUUGAGGAACUAAGAGAUGGGAAGGCCACAGAAGGCCAACAGGCCACUCUUCACUGUGAGUUAACCAAACCCGGAGCUGUCUUGGAAUGGAAGAAAGGUCAAUCUUCUCUUAAACCUGGUGGGAAAUAUUCAAUGAGGCAGGAAGGUCUCUCUGCUGAGCUUUUAAUCAACAAUCUUGAAGAAAGCGAUUCGGGUCUUUAUACGUGCGUGUGUGGGGAUCAGCAGACGACAGCAACCCUAACAGUGAAUGCACUUCUGGUAUUCUUUAAAAAGAACCUGAGAGACGCAGUUGCCACAGAAGCAGAAAUGGUCAAUCUUCGGUGCGAGCUCUCCAAACCGGCCACGAAUGUGGAAUGGAAGAAAGGGCAUAGGCUGCUGAAGGAAAGUGACAAGAUUACAAUGAAAAUUGAAGGCUUGGCCGCUGAGCUAAUCAUCAGUGAUCUAAACGUAAAAGACAGUGGCGAAUACACAUGCGUUUGUGGAGACCAGGAGACCACCGCAAAUCUAACAGUUAAUGCUCUGCCAAUCCUUUUCAAAGAAGAACUGAGCAAUAAAGAAAGCACAGAGGGGGAAACAGUUUCUCUGCGCUGCAUCUUGACCAAAGCUCCUGGCCAUGUUGAGUGGAGGCAGGGUCCCAAAGCUCUGAGAUCAAGUCCCAAGCAUGAAAUGAGUGUGGAAGGGGCUACUGCAGAGCUAAUAAUCCAUAAUUUGGAACUGAAAGACAUGGGAGAAUAUACGUGCGUGUGCGGUGAACAACAGACUACAGCUGUCUUAAUAGUGAAUGCAUUGCCUAUUCACUUCAAACAUGGACUUAAAGAUGAGAACAUAAAAGAGGGAGACCAAGCAAUCUUGCACUGUGAGCUUAGCAAACCCAACGCGACUGUUCAAUGGAAAAAGAAUAGUGAGGUCUUAACGACAUCUGAAAAACACAUAUUGUGCCAGGACGGUGCUAUUGCUGAAUUGCGGAUUCCUCAUAUAGAGGAGGAAGACUCUGGGGUUUACACCUGUAUUUGUGGAGAUGUGGAGACCUCGUCGACCUUAAGCGUUAUAGCUUUACCCCCUCGUUUUAAAGAGGACCUUAAGAAUAAAGAAGCAGUUGAAGGAGACUCCAUCACACUGUGCUGUGAGCUGACCAAGCCUAAUGCUUCUGUAGGGUGGAAGAGAGGACAGAAGACGCUCAGAUCAAGUGACAAAUACAAGAUGAGGCAGGAAGGCCUGGUGGCUGAGCUAGUUAUAAGUCAGUUAGAUCUGCAGGAUGCUGGGAAAUACACCUGUGUUUGUGGAGAUCAUGAAACAACAAACACUCUGACUGUGAAUGCUGUUCCACCCCAAUUUAAAGAGGAACUCCGGAGCAAGGAAGCUGUUGAAGGGAGCUCCGUUGCAUUGAGUUGCCAACUGACAAAGCCUAAUGCGCCACUAGAGUGGAAGAGAGGCCACAAGAACCUGGAGCCAUGUGAUAAGUACAAAAUCAUCCAGGAAGGUCUUGAGGCAGAGUUGGUCAUUAAUAAUUUGGACCUGAAAGAUGCCGGCGAGUAUACUUGUGUAUGCGGAGUUCACCAGACCACAGCUUCACUGACUGUAAAUGCUUUGCCCCCACAAUUUAAAAUGGAACUUAAGAACAAAGACGCAAGUGAAGGAGAAUCGGUAACUUUACACUGUGAGCUAACUAAGGCUAAAGCUUCCUUGGAAUGGAGGAAAGAGCAAAAUACCCUGAAGCAGAGCGACAAAUACAAAAUGAAGCAAGAUGGCCGAGUCGCGGAACUUUUGAUUUUCAAUUUAGACCUGAAGGAUGCUGGGCAGUAUUCGUGUGUUUGUGGAGAACAGAAGACAACUGCUGUGCUGACAGUAAAUGCCCUUCCCAUCAUUUUCAUUGAAGAGCUGAAAUGUGAAACAGGUAUAGAGGAUCAAGAUAUCACCCUUCACUGUGAGCUGAAUAAGCACAAUGAGCCAGUGGUUUGGAAAAAAGACAAUCAGGAAAUUAAGUCAAGUGACAAGUACAAGCUAAAGCAGGAUGGUCCAGUUGCGGAACUGAAGAUCCUCAGGCUCAAUGUAAAAGAUGCUGGAAGCUAUACGUGUGUGUGCAGAGACCAGGAAACCACUGCAAAUCUAACAGUACAGGAACUACCAGUGCUCUUUAAAGAAGAACUCAAACAUGCAGAAGAAAGAGAAGGGCAGAAGGCUAUUUUCCAUUGCAAGCUGACUAAGCCAAAUGCAAGAGUGGAGUGGAAGAAGGGUCACGAAACUCUUAAACCAAGUGAUAAGCAUCAACUGAGGCAGGAUGGUGUCAUAGCAGAGCUAACCAUCAGCAAACUGGAGCUAAAGGAUUCUGGGAAUUAUACAUGUGUGUGUGGAGAGGAGGCCACUACUGCCACUUUAACAGUUACUGAGCUGCCCGCAGUCUUCAAUGCUGAUCUGAAAAAUGUUGAGGCCACUGAAGGGGGAACAGCCAAAUUAUGUUGCGGGGUGACAAAGGCUUCGGCAUCAGUACAAUGGAUGAAAGGAAAACAAGCAUUACGAUCCAAUGAUAAAUAUCACAUGAAGCAAGAAGGUUGUGCGUUUGAGUUGUUAAUAUGUGAUAUGGAUCUGGAUGAUGCUGGCCAGUACUCCUGCAUCUGUGGAGACCAGAAGACCUCUGCUACUUUAACUGUGAAUGCUCUGCCUGUUGUCUUUAAAGAAGAAUUGAAGAACAUAGAGGUCACAGAAUGUGAGACAGCUACUCUCCACUGUGAGCUCAGCAAACCCAAUGUUUCUGUUGAGUGGAAGAAAGGAUCCCAUGUGCUGAGUCAGAGUCAGAAAUAUUCCUUCAGACAAGAAGGUCUAAGUGCUGAUCUUGUAAUCGACAACAUCGACCCAAAGGAUGCUGGAGAAUACACGUGUACUUGUGGAGAUAAGAAGACUUCUGCUGUGGUGACGGUCAAUGUCCUUCCAGUGAUUUUUAAAGAAGAACUGAAAUGUGUUGAAGCUACUGAGGGAGAAAAGGCAAGUCUGCUUUGCGAGCUCAGCAAAUCAGAUGUGCCCGUUGAAUGGCUGAAAGGAUCUCAGGUGCUCCAAUCAGGAGACAAGUACCAAAUGCAACAAAGUGAAGGAAAAGUUGAACUGCUCAUCAAUGAUCUUGAUUUAGGAGAUGCUGGGGAUUACAGUUGCAUAUGCGGUAUAGAGAAAACAACCUGUGAUCUAAAAGUCAAAGCCCUGCCAUCUGUAUUCACAAAACCUCUGAAGGACACUGAGGCUGAGGAGGAUGACACAUUGACAUUACAAUGUGAAGUAUCUAAGACUAAUGUCUCAGUUGAAUGGAGAAAAGGGAGCCUAGGACUUCAGCAGGGCAGCAAGUAUGAGAUCAGGCAGAAGGACUGCGUUGCACAACUGAUAAUACACAACCUUAGGUUGGAAGACACAGGAGAGUACAGCUGUGAUACUGGGGACCAGGAAACAAGGGCAUAUCUAGCAGUAAAAGCUCUGCCGGUGCUCUUCAAGAAACCACUGAAAGACACAACAGCAGAGGAAGGUGUCACCGUGACUCUUCGCUGUGAAACCACAAAACCAAAUGCCCCCAUUGAAUGGAGGAAAGGAACCAUUGGACUUUUCCCAUGUGCUAAAUAUAAGAUGAUGCAAGAAGGGGUUGUAGCUGAACUUGUGGUUUAUGAUGUUGAAGCAGAGGAUGGGGAUGAAUAUACGUGUGAUACAGGAGACCAGCAGACCACUGCUACUGUCAAAGUUAGUGUGCUGCAAUUCGUGCAGAACUUGCAGAACAUGGAAGCUCAGGAAGGUGGGAAGGCUCGAUUCUGCUGUGAGAUAUCUUCAAAGACGAAUUCAGUGGAGUGGAGAAAAGGAGCCCAGACACUUCAGGCCAGUUCAAAGUAUGAAAUGAAAGAACAAGAUGGAGUCAAAGAACUUAUCAUCCACAAUCUGGAGCUGGAAGAUGCUGGAGAGUACACCUGUGUGGCCCGGAGCAAGAAAUCUUCAGCAACUCUAAAAGUUAAGGAACUGGAUGUGACUAUCGUGAAGGGCCUGAAAGAUGUGUCAGUAUUCGCAGCAGAAGAUGUCGUGUUUACGUGUGAAGUGUCCCACCCUGAUGCCAAGGAUGUAGAGUGGAAGCUGCAGGGGAUCACUCUGGGGAACAACGAGAUGAAUGAAAUCUCGGUGGAGAAGGGCAAGAUCCAUAGGCUGAAACUGAGCAGUGUGACGCUGGAUGAUACAGGCAGUAUCACCUUCAGGGUUGGACCGUACACAUCAACAGCAGAACUUACAGUGAAAGCCCCACUUCCAAUCUUUACUAAAAACCUUCUGGAUAUGCAAGUGGAAGAAGAUGGCUCAAUUGUCCUUGAAUGUGAACUCUCCCGGCCCAGCGUUCCGGUGGUGUGGAGGAAAGGCACAGAGCAGAUAUCUGCCAGUGCAAAUUAUGAUAUCAAGGACCUGGGAACUAUCCAGUCGUUACAAAUCAGUAACCUCAAACCUGAAGACUCAGGUGUCUAUACAUGUGAUAUUGGACAUCAACAGACAAAAGCAAAAGUAACAGUCACAGCCCUCCCAGUCCAGAUAACAAAACCUUUGCAGAACGAACAUGAAGAAGAAAACAAAUCUGUUAUUCUACGGGCUGAGAUCUCUAAAUCGAAUGCUCCAGUUCAGUGGGAGAAAGCUGGAGUAACUCUUCGACCGGGUUCUAAAUAUGAAAUGAAGCAGGAUGGUCAAGUGGUAGAACUUCAUAUACACAAACUUCAGAUGUCUGACGCUGGAGAAUAUACAUGCGAUACAGGGGACCAGAAAUCAGUGGCUAAUGUCUUUGUUAAAGAGCCAGAGCCGUUCAUUGUUGACCAGCUUCAGAACAUUUCUGUAGAAGAAGGAGAAGAUGCCAUCUUCAAAUGUAAAGUGUCCAAGGAAAAUGCCCCAGAUGUACAAUGGUACCUAGCUGGUGUUCCCCUGCAGUCCAAUGAAAUGAAUGAGAUUUCGUGCCAUAAAGGGAAAAUUCACACGUUAACACUAAAAAAGGUGUCAAUGCAAGAUACUGGGAUCGUCAGUUUUAGAAUAGGGCAGAAUACAACGACUGCCGAGCUUAGCAUCACAGCUGUAGCCUUGACGUUUACCAAGAAACUUCAGGAAGUUGAAGCAGAAGAGCAAGGAGUGGCUGUGCUUCAAUGUGAGAUAUCCAAGGUCAAUGUUCCAGUGGAAUGGAGAAAGGGAUCCAAGAUCAUCCUACAUGGUGGGCAAUAUGACAUCAGCAUGAAUGGAUCUGUCCACACCUUACGCAUUAAGGACCUCACCGUGGAGGACUCCGGAGAAUAUAGCUGUAGUGCCGAAAGUGAAAUAACAUCAGCCAGACUCCAAGUCAACCGACUACCUGUUACAUUCACCCAAGAGCUUCAGAAUGUGGAACCAGAGGAAGGAGGCACCGCCAUAUUGGAGUGCAAAGUAUCCAUACCCAAUGCCCAUGUGGAAUGGAGAAAGGGAGCUCUUGUUUUACAACCUAGUGCUAAAUAUGAAAUGAGACAAAGUGGCUCCGUCGUUGAAUUGCUUAUUCACAACUUGGAUCUAGAAGACGAUGGGCCCUACACAUGCAGUACAGACACCGCACAAACAACAGCCUCUGUUUACGUUCAAGAGGGUAACCUAGAGAUAGUUACUGGUUUAAAGAACAUGGACGUCUUUGCGGGGGAGACCGCCACAUUCUCCUGCACGCUUUCCACACAGGGCACGAGGAAGGUACAGUGGUGGCUCGACGGGUCUCCCCUGCAGAACAGCCCAAUGAAUGAAAUAUCUGUGCACAACGGCAACGUUCACAACCUAACCCUAAAAAAUCUGGGAACCAAUGACUCUGGCGUUGUCACCUUCAAAGCUGGGUCCCUUUUUUCUUCUGCUAAACUUUUAAUUAAAGAUCCAACCAUUGAGGUGGUCAGCCCAAUGAAGGACCUUGCCAUUGAUGAAGAUGACACCGCAGAGUUGAUCUGCCAAUACUCUAGGCCAGUGCAAGCCCAUUGGAAGAAAAAUGACCUAGAAGUUUGUGCCGAUGGGGAGCGAAUCACAAUCGAGCAGGACUGGAAUGUAGCCAAGCUGACCAUUAGAUCUGCAAUCCCAGAAGAUAGCGGAGUCUAUGUGUGUGAAGCUGAAGGCACUAGAGUUGUGGCAAUGCUUGAUGUUGAAGCCAAGAAUAAAGUACUGCAAGAGCUGGAGAACAUAGAUGCAGUAGAGGGAGGUGAAGCUCUUUUUGGGUGUUAUUUGUCUAAGCCUGAGAGCUACAACUAUAACUGGCUGUUAGAUGAUGAACCUGCGAGGACAUCAGAAAACAUUGAGAUGAUUUAUUUUGAAAAGGGUCGUAGGCAUCUUCUUUUACUGAAGAACCUCACCACUCAAGAUAGCUGCAGAGUAACUUUCAUAGCGGGUGAUGCUGUCACUUCAGCCUUUUUGAAUGUGCAAGGAUGGCGCUUGGAAGUUCUGAAGCCUCCUGUAGACACUGAAGUCAUUGCUGGUGGCCAGGCAACCUUUAGCUGUAUGCUAAGUGAAGCCAUUCCAGUAAAUGAGGUUGCCUGGUAUUUUAAUGGAGUAGAUAUCCAACCAGAUGAAAACUGGGUAAUGCAGGUAGAUGGAAAUGAGUACAAGUUAAUUCUUAAAGAUGCUCAACUACAUCAUUCGGGAGAAGUGGCAUUUGCUUCAAGAGAUGUAGUGGCAUCAGCCAAAAUUUCUGUUCUUGCCUUACCUGACCCUCCAGAAGAGCCAGAAAUUGUAAGUAAAAGCAGCCGGUCUUUGACACUCUCUUGGUUUGCACCGCUGAGUGAUGGUGGUUCUACCAUCCUAGGAUACAAUGUUGAAAUAAAAGCCCCUGGUAGUGAAUGGAAGCAGUGCAACAAAGACAUGAUUCAAACCAUGGAGUAUGUUGUGGAUAACCUUGUACCAGGCGAGGCCUACAGAUUCCGUAUUUCUUCCAUAAACAAACAUGGAGCUGGGGAACCUGUUCAUUUACCUCAAACGGUACAGCUAGAGCACCCUAUCACCAUAAAACGCCCAUUGGAAAACAAGAGUGGAAAGGAAGGUGAAACUAUUCGCCUUGAGUGUGAAUUCUCUAAAGAAACUCGGGACGUCAAAUGGAUGAAGGGAAGUGAAAUACUGACGUCUGGGGGAAAAUAUGAGUUUAUUUGUCAAGGGAGAAAACAAGUUCUGAUUAUUCAUAAUAGUUCAUCAAUUGAUCAGGGCUCCUACACAUGUGCAACUUCAUCAGGAGAAAAGACCACCGCCACCAUUUCUUUGGAAAAACAAAUAAUCACCGAAGUCAUGAGCAUACAAGAGAUUUUUGGUCUAGCACAAGAACGAACUGACAUCAAAGAUGAAGAUGAAGAGAGCGCCCAGCCAAGUCUUCCACCAGAAGCUGCUCAAGAAGGGGAUCUCCAUUUAUUAUGGGAAGCAUUAGCAAAGAAGCGGAGGAUGAGCAGGGAACCUACGUUGGAUUCCAUCUCUGAGGUGCCAGAAGAAGAAGAAAAGCGUAGGCAGAAAAAAGAAGCAGAAAUGCACGCAGAUUUUUCAGGGUACACUUCCGAUGAUUUGACUAAAACAAGUGAAGCUGAUUUUUCUGUGACCAGCUCGGACGAUGAAUCGCGAGCUGGAACACCAUCUUUGGUGACCUAUCUUAAAAAAGCUGGCCAAUCAACCUUCACACAUGGUUCCAAAGUUCACACAAUGUCUGAAAGCAAAUUUUUUAAACACUUUGAGACCAAGGAAAUUGAGCACAAGGAAAUCAAGGAACCCCCACCCACACAAGAACCUGAGAUUUCAGAUAUAUUUCAAGAUGAUGACCCAGCACUGGAUAAGGCAGCUGUGAAAAUUCAAGCUGCUUUUAAAGGAUACAAAGCAAGAAAGGUGAUCAAGCAACAAGAAUGUCCUUUAGUUGCAGAAACAUUUAAAGAUUUGACUGUUGAACCAGGAGGAACAGUCCAUCUUGAAUGUGUAGCAAUCAGCAAAACUGACAUUACAGCUCGAUGGUUGAAAGACAAUGAAGAACUCUCUGAUGGCCGCCAUUAUCAUAUUGAUAAUUACCCUGAUGGAACCUGUUCCUUGAUUAUAACUGCUGUAGAAACCACAGACACUGGGAAAUAUACAUGUGAAGUCUCUAACAAGUUUGGUGAAGUUUCACAUUGUGCUUCUUUGGUGGUUGGAAGCGGCUUACCUGAAGUUUCUCUAAAACCAAAGCCUUUGAUUGCUAAGCCUGGCUCAGACAGUGAAACAGAGAGUACAUCAGGAAGUGAUUUGGAUGACGCUUUUAGGAAGGCAGGCAGAAGGCUUCAUAAGAUUUUUAAAUCCAAGACAUCCCUUGAAAUGUCUGAUGUUGAAGAAGAACUAUUUGUUAGUGCUGAUGAAGGCGACUUACCACCUGUAGACCAGCAAACUUACAGAGAGGAUGAUAAAUAUAUUUACAUCAAGUUUGAAGUCAUGUCAGAAGCAUCAAUUGCUGCUAAGAGAUUCAAGGAGAUGUUCUCUGCAAUGGGCAUCCCUGUCAAAAUAGAUAUUUUGGACCAAGGUGCAAAGAAUGUUGAGCUACGGAUAAUGAAAGUAGAGACAGGAACCACUGAGCAGCAGAAAAUGGCGGCAAGACAUCAAAUGACCUUGUUGACUUCUGAUACUGCUCCCAUUUUUAUUACUGAACUUCAGAACCAAGAGGUACAAGAUGGUUAUCCAGUCAGUUUUGAUUGUGUUGUUAUUGGAAGACCAAUGCCAUCAGUACGUUGGUUCAAAGAUGGUAAGGUGAUUGAAGAGGAUGACCAUUACAUGAUCAAUGAAGACCAAGAGGGAUGCCACCAACUUAUUAUAACUGCCGUAGUCCCCAAAGACAUGGGAGUCUAUAGAUGUCUGGCAGAAAACAGAAUGGGGGUAUCUUCAACCAAGGCUGAGCUGAGAGUGGACUUAACCAGCUCAGAUUAUGACACUGCAGAGGCAACAGAAACGUCCUCUUAUUUCAGCGCACAGGGAUAUCUGUCCAGGGAACAGGAGGGCCUGGAAUCUGCCACCGAACAAGACCAACUUCCUCAGGUUCUGGAGGAGCUACGAGACAUGAUGGUCGCUCCAGGGACUCCACUUACUAAAUUUGAGAUAAAAGUGAAAGGUUACCCAAGUCCUCGAGUCUACUGGUUUAAAGAUGGUCAACCUAUCCAUGCCUCUGACAGAAUACUAAUGACUGACAAAAAGAAACUGCAUGCACUGGAAAUUCUGAAUGUGACAAAGGAAGAUGCCGGGGAGUAUUCAACUUACAUCAGUAAUUCAGCUGGCUCUGCAUACUCAUCUGCCAGACUUUCUGUCAAAGGACCAGAUGAGCUACAGAAGGACAAGCCAAUGGAAGAAGCAGGAGAUGGAGAAAAGCCAGUACCACCAAUGUUCUUGGAAAGAUUCACAAACAAAAAAGUACUGAAAGGAGCCAGUAUAACCUUAUCUGUGAAAGUUGAAGGAAUUCCUCCUCCAACAAUCACCUGGUUGAAGGAAGAUUCCCCUGAAGAUGUACUUUGGAUUAAACCAGAGACUCCUGGGUACAAAAUGGCCAGCUCAAACAGGCACCACAGUCUGAUCUUACUGGAUGUUGGCACAGAGUUUUCUGGCACUUACACCUGUAUUGCAACAAACAAGGUGGGACAGUCCAUCUGCACAGCCUCUGUGGAUAUUGCAGAAGCCAAAGAAGCCGAGAUCCUGAAAGAAGCCGACAAAUUAGUGAAAGAAAUGUUGGGACGAACACCAUUACCUGGGUUUGAAGAGGGCAGGGAGAUAGAACCUGGUGUGAUUGGCAUCUCAGUGCAACCUCCUGAGGAUAGCGGAGAGGCGGCCAAGCCCCAUAUUUCACUGACAGAUGUUGGAACUGAGGAAUUCUUCCAGAAACUGACAUCACGCAUAACAGAAAUGGUAUCUGCAAAGAUAAGUCAAGCCUCACUUCGUGUCCCUGGAAUGACAGGGAUGGAUAGUGAUGAUGAAACGAAGACCCCUUCAGCAUCACCACGCCAUGGAAGGUCCAGGCCUUCCUCAAUUGCUGUUGAGUCUUCCUCAGAGUCAGAAGAUGGAGACUCUAGAGGAGAGAUAUUUGACAUCUACAUGGCAUCUGCUGAUUAUAACCCAAUUGUUGCGGAUAAGGAAUCAUUAACCUUGAAAGAGGGUCAGUACGUGGAGGUUCUAGAUUCCGCUCAUCCCCUCAAAUGGCUAGUCCGAACAAAGCCGACCAAGUUCACUGCUUCCAGGCAAGGUUGGGUCUCACCAGCUUACUUGGAUAAGAGACUGAAGCUAUCAUCUGAGUGGGCUGCAGGAGAAGCACCAGAACUUUCUGGAGUGUGUGUAUCAGAAGAGGAGUACAAGAAGAAGCUCAGCAUUCUGAUCCAGGAGCUGCUAAACACAGAGAAGGAGUACGUGAAGGAGCUACAGUUCUUGCAGAACCAUCACCUACAUCACACUGAGCAGUGCCCCGAUAUCCCAGAGAAUGUCACUAGCCAAAAAUCCACCAUCUUCAGGAACAUCAACGACAUUGGCAACUUUCACUCAAGCAUUUUCUAUCCUGAGCUGAAGAAAUGUGACACAGAUGAUGACAUUGCCAUGUCCUUCAUAAAGAACGAGGACGAAUUCAACAAGUAUAUCAUGUUCCUGGUUGGCCGUGUCCAGGCUGAGUCUGUUGUAGUCAGUGAUGCUAUUCAGGAGUUCUACAAGAACUAUUCAGAAGAAAGACUGGCGCUGUCAGAUCCAUCCAAGCCUCCUGUGCUUCCUCUGCAACAUUAUCUGGAAAGGCCCAUAAACAGGAUCCAGCGAUAUCAAGUCAUUAUUAAGGAACUCAUCCGGAACAAAGCAAGAAAUGGGAAGAAUUGUGCAUUGCUGGAACAGGCCUAUGCCAUCGUAUCUGCUCUUACUCGGCGGGCAGAGAACUUUUUGCAUGUGUCCAUGAUGGAAAACUACCCUGGAACCCUAGAGGCCUUGGGUGAACCUAUUCGUCAGGGUCAUUUCAUUGUUUGGGAAGGAGCUUCUGGAGCUCGAAUGGCCUGGAAGGGUCACAACCGUCAUGUGUUUCUGUUCAAGAACUACCUGAUCAUCUGCAAACCCAAGCGGGACACAAAGACAGACACUUAUAGCUAUGUGUUCAAGAACAUGAUGAAGCUGACGAAUAUAGACAUCAAUGAUCAGAUAGAAGGAGAUGACAGAGCUUUUGAGGUAUGGCAUGAACGGGAAGACUCCGUCCGGAAAUACCUGCUGCAGGCUCGAACCGUCAUCAUUAAAAGCUCAUGGGUGAAGGAAAUCUGUGGCAUACAAGAGCGCUUUAGUAUGCCAGUCUGGAAUCCUCCAAAAUUCAUAGAAGUUUUAGCAGACUGCACAGCCGAAUUGGGAGAAACUGUCAAGCUGGCGUGCCGUGUAACAGGGACACCUAAACCAGUUGUUGCCUGGUAUAAAGAUGGCAGACCUGUGGACGCUGAUCCCCAUCACAUCAUUAUUGAGGAUCCUGAUGGCUCCUGCACGUUGAUUCUGGACAACAUGACUGGUGCGGACUCAGGGCAGUACAUGUGCUUUGCAGCCAGCCCAGCCGGAAGUGCCAGCACUUUAGGGAAGAUUCUUGUUCAAGUGCCCCCAAGGUUUGUCAAUAAACUUCGAAAUGCUCACUUUGUGGAUGGUGAAGACGCCCAAUUCGUAUGCAACAUUGAAGGAGCUCCCCACCCACAGAUAAGGUGGUACAAAGAAGGAAAACUAUUGCCAGAAUCCUCUAAACACCAAACUUUCACUGAACCAAGAAGUGGUGUUUUAGUGCUUGUGAUCAAGAAUGCUGCCAACGAUGACCUAGGCUAUUAUGAAUGUGAGUUGGUGAACAGACUUGGGUCAGCUCGUAGUGGAGCAGAACUAAGCCCCAUGACCCCGGCACUAUUAGCCCAAGAAAGGAGAGGAGACCAGACCAUAACUAUUGAAGGUCUGGAGGGCUCCAUCAGGGCUUCACUGGAACGAGCAGAUCAGGAGAUAAGACAAGUUCUCCAGAAGCUAGUAGAUACACCAAUGCCACCUCAUCUGGAAACUCCCAAAAGUCUGGAGACGAAGAAAUCCGCAGCUGUCCAAUCUUCAAUAGAAGAACGCAAAGCAAUGGACAUGUUUAGAGAUGCCAACACACAGACGCCAGAAGACCAAGGUGAAGAGAAGAAACACGUUGAACAGAAGGAAACGACAGAAACACAUGAACUCCCGACGGCUUCCCAAAAAGAGAACGCGCCUGGGGCCCCGGAGCUUCACAUUCCCAUCAGGUUGGGGAUGGAAGCGUCGGACUGGUACCUGAGGAGAGCCCCGGCCCCGGCACACAUUUGGGAUGUUCACAGCCAGGUUUAUAUCCAGAGCACGGAGACAACUUGUGUCCACUUUAAGGAUGACAAAGCAACAACACCUCCGUAUAUGCAGGUGACCAUAGAAGAUGUCCAUACACAGUGCGGGGAUGCAGCCAGAUUUGAUGCCAUGAUAGAGGGGACACCACCACUCACUAUAGCCUGGUACAAGAAUAACAUCCUACUAAAUGAAAGUGAAAGAAUCCAAAUCAUGAAAGAAGAGAGAAAAUAUUCCUUAAUCCUCCAAGACACAAAACCAGAUGAUGGCGGCAUAUACACUUGUGUUGCUAAAAAUAUGGGGGGAGAGGUGUCCUGCAAGGCUGAGCUCGUUAUGCAUGAAGAUACAAAAGAACACACGGAGGAGACACUUCAGAAAAGGCGAAAACUGAAAUCCUUCUUUGAGGUGAAAGAAGAAAUUGGAAGAGGCUGUUUCGGUUUUGUAAAACGAGUCGUACAUAAAGGAAACGGCGCAAACUGCGCAGCCAAGUUCAUCCCUUUGAGAAGCAAGACUCGACAACAAGCCUACAGGGAAAAAGAUCUGCUCUCCGAGAUAUCCCACAGCAAAGUCACCUGCCUGCUUGAUGCCUUCGAAACUAGAAAAACACUGAUUCUCAUCUUGGAUAUAUGCUGUGGUGAAGAACUACUUGACCGUCUGUUCAAGAAAAAUAUUGUCUCUGAAAGAGAGGUGAAAGUGUAUAUUAAACAGCUUGUCGAAGCCAUUGGAUAUCUCCAUGAAAAGGACAUUCUUCAUUUGGAUGUUAAGCCUGCCAAUAUUCUCAUGGUACAGACAGACCAGGACGAUAUCAAACUCUGUGAUUUUGGAUUCGCUCAGAAACGAAACUACUCAGAGCUCCAGUACAGUAAAUAUGGCACCCCGGAGUUUGUCUCCCCAGAAAUUGCCAGUCAGUUACCCGUGUCUGAAGCCUCUGAUAUAUGGCCCAUUGGCGUCAUCACCUAUUUGUGUUUGGUUUUCUCGUCGCCUUUUGCUGGGCAGAAUGAUAGAGAAACUCUACUCAAUGUGCAACAAGGGAAGAUCAGUUGGCACAACCAGGGAUUUCAAGAACUGAGUGAAGAAGCUAAGGACUUCAUAACAAGAACCAUCCAAAUGUCUCCAGAAUCUCGGCCCAGUGCAGUGGAAUGCUCCAACCAUAAGUGGUUCCAGGAAUGUUCCAGUGAAAAGGACACACUAACACGAAACACAAAAGGCCUCAAAUUUCUGGUAGCGCGAAGCAGGUGGCAGCGUUCCUUGAUGUGCUACAGAUCCAUUCUAGUGAUGAGAUCCAUUCCAGAACUUCUGGAAGGAAAUGUGGAGAGUACAUCUUUAGGGGUUCCUCGACACUUAGUUGAAGGCAGCAGCUCCUCCAGCAGCAGUGGUUCCUCUUCUGAUAAUGAGAGUGAUAUCAGCCCAACUUCAAGGGACUCAAAUCCUUCUCUAGAACACCAUUUGUCCAUUUUCAAAAUGUAUGAUAAGGAUAAAUUUCAAGAAAUGCACCAAAAGACAGAUGAUAUCACACAAGAGGAGAGAAGCCAAGAGGUUAGCCUAGUCUAUUCAGAUCAGUUGGAAGCUCUGGAGAACCAAACCGAUGAGAAAGUGGGUCUUGGAGAAGUUACAAAGAAGCUAGAGGAGAAAGACAAAAUGCUCGUUGAUUCAGUGGAAACGUCUCCAGGAAAGCGUCCUUUCUGCAAAGCAGCAACUAUUGAAGUUGGUGAUUUAGGGUCAAAAAAGGGCAAGUCUGGAUGCUUUGUAAGAGGUUCCUCAGCAGACAGUGCUUUGCUAGGAGUUAAUAAACACACCUUAGUAUGUGUUCCAAGGCAAAGCAUUAUUAAUAGCACCUUCUAUAGCCAAUCAGGUGAAGGAGCCGGCUUGACUCCCAGAGAUGGGGCACUGAGGGACAAGGAAUUCAUCAAGCAUCGUGAAAAGGCACGAAGGAGCUUAAUGAAAGCAGGAUAUUCCCAAAAGAUAUUGAGUGGCUUGCGAGAACCACUGCUUGAACAGUUUGCAUUGGAGCAAAGAAUACUUGCCCAGGACAAGACUCAGGCCACACAAGAAGGACAUACUGGUUCUCUGAAAAAAUCUGUUUCAUUUGAUGGUUCCAAAGGUUUACUGAGGUCUUCCUUCAAAGCCUCCAGCAGAAGCCGCUCUCUGGACGACUGCAAAUCAAGACCUCUUACUGUUUAUAAAGGAGUUCUCCUGGAGGAAGUAGGUCAAAACGUUUCAGCAGGAGCCAAUGUAGAUGAUAAACACCUUGAUACAAAUAUUAGGUGUCAUUCUGAAGAGGGUGUAAUAGCAGCUGACAUUUCUCAGGGUCUUACUGAUUCUACACGCAGAAAGGUAAAACAGGAGGAACCCCAUGCAGCCAAAGAACAUUCAACACCUCUCUUUAUUUCAUCAACACAAAGACCACUCUCUGCUACGUCUGUUGAUAGUGAAAAUGCAAUAAUUGCGGUUCUACAUCAACGACCUCUAUUUGACUCUGGUUCAGUAAAAGAAAGACCACCUUCUGUUGCCCUGGGGGUUGAGGAAAGCACAGUCAUAGCAUUUGUACAACAAACACCCCUGCCUUCCAAAACACCUGAGAACAUGAAAGACUCAUAUGCACCCCAAACAACUGUACUACCCAGUCAAUUUGAAGGACCGACUCCUCAUUUAGGAGGCAGUGUUACAUUUACAGUGAAGACCACCUCUGAUACAAAUUGCUUCCUUGUUUCCCAACCACAGGUAGAAAAAUGCCAAGUUGGUUGUGAGGUUGACACCGAAAAGAGUAUAAAGCAGGAAAGUGGAGUUUCUCCAGACUCAAUGGAGUGUAUACCGUAUGUUGUGCAUUUUACUGACCCUAAAUCCAGCAUUACAAUAAUACAGCAAGGCCUGCAGAACGAUACAUCUCUUCUAAAAGCGACUGAACACAGCACCAAAGAAUGUGCACUAGAAACAGUAACUGAAGCAACAGUGGUCACCGAAAAAGUGGAAGAGAAAAGUUCCAUCACUAGCUUGUUUCACUUUUCUCCUAAAAACCCAGAUUUAUCCACCCAAUGUGGUGAUGGAAUUCAUAAACCAUCAAUAUCAGAGCACCAAGAACUUGGAUCUACUUCGGAAAGGCACUCUGAUAUAACGAACAAAGUUUCUAGUCAAAAUAUAGAUAAACAUCUAAGGUCCUCUCUCUACAGUGAUGAACAAUGUGCUGCCUUAGAAGAUCUGGUUGGUGAAAUGACCUACUUGUCGGAACAGAUGAAUGUAUUGGCAGACAACCAAGGGCAGAUUUCCAAAAAGAAAUCUAUUGCUGGCAAGACACAGGCAGAAGGAUGUCCCCCAGCCACUAGUCUUGCAAUGGAAACAGAAGUUACGAUUAUACAAACCAGUUUAUCACCUCAAGAAGCCAAAGAACCCCAAGUGACAUCAGUCUCACAGUGCAGUUUCUACGACUCUCUGAGUCCAGUGCAAUCCUCGCCUCUACCUCAUGAACAGUUUGAGGAGUUUACAAUUGAAAGCUGUAGCUCUAGCAAAACAUUUAUUUCUCAUUCAGACAGCUCAGAGACAGGGAGAAGAUCUGAUAAUUUCUCUGACUUUGAAGAAGCAGGCAGGCAUUCCGAAGUUUCCCUGCUGGAGAUUGAGGAAUUGAAUUAUGACAGUCCAUCCACCAGUUCAGUUGGGCCAUUCAAGUUUGAAACUGCUCAGUCUCACCUUUUGGAUUUCUAUGGUAUCAAUGAAUCUCCUCAAAACUCAGAAGAUCUGAGUCAAGAAAAAUCUCUCUUAGACAAUGAGAAAUUAAAUCUUUCAUUGUUGAAUUCACAGCCUUUACUGGGUGGGAACCAUGACAUGAAAAGUGAUGUCCUUGAAAGAACAAUAGAUCCUACAAAGGCGAAAGUAUCAAAGAAUGAAGAAAGCAGCUCUACAGCUUCAACCAAGGACAAAAAAAGAAGCUCUUCAAGGAAAAGGAUCAAGCUAUUUCGGCCUCAUUCAAAGACUGAUUCUUCGGGAAAGUCCUCAGACCAAAGUCUAAAGCAGAAGGUUAAAGCCUCGGUGGCCAACUUUUCCCGUAUUAUAAAAGGGAAGCCCAGCAAUGGUCAAGAGAGAAAGGAAGGUUUUGAAGGACCAAAGACUGAUUCUCUUGUGCAGGCAGCUACGGAAAGAAUAACAAUACACAUGAAGAAGAAAUCAUUCAAACUUACAAGCCUGUCCCCAAAAGACAAAGCACCUGCUUUUGUCGAGGAACUCACGGACCAGACAGUUGUUGUUGGCCACUUGGUGACUUUGUCCUGUAGAACUGCUGAACCUGUGACUGAGGUUGAGUGGUUUAAAGAUGGAGUUCCUAUCCAGGGCAAUGAAAGAGUCCUCAUCUCUUCCACACUUAAGAAUUAUCAUCUUCUCACCAUCCUGGUCGUUAACGCACAUGACCUGGGUAUCUACGCCUGCGUGGCAACCAAUGUCCUUGGCAGCGCCUCGACAUGCUGCAUUCUAAAGAAAGCUGAGAUACCCUGCUGCCCCACCAGCCCUGAAGUUGCCCAGGUAUAUAAAGAUGGAGCACUAAUUGUCUGGAAGCCGGCGGAGUCUGCAAGUCCCGUAACCUACUUUGUACAAUACAGGAAGGAAGGUGAGGAAUGGAGACCUCUGACUCUAGACAUCUCUGAUUGCUGCUACUCUACCCAUGUACUUUCUGAAGGACAAGUCUACUCCUUUAGGAUCGCUUGUAUCAGCAAAGCUGGUAUGGGCCCUUACAGCAACCCAUCUGCUAGUGUCAGGACUGGCAGGCCUAGCCAGGCAUUAUCAAAAGACCUGGGGAGCAGAGAAGAGCCAGUAGCAGUUGAUCCAAGAAGUACCUUACAGACUGGGGUGAAAAGGGGGCGCUUCAGUAUUGUUAGACCCUGCAGGGAAAAGUUAAGUGGAAGAAUGUUUGCUGCAAAAAUCAUACCGUACACUGAAAAAACCAAAGAGUCCACCCUGCAGGAGUAUCUGAUCCUGAAGCAACUUCAUCAUUCCAACAUUGUUCAGUUACAUGGAGCAUUCCUGAGCCCCCAUGACCUGGUCCUGAUCCUUGAGCUGUGUGAAGGAAUGGAGCUACUGCAGUUCCUCUCCCUUGGGAAGUCGUACUCAGAACUGGAAGUGAGAGACUACCUGUGGCAGAUGCUGAGUGCAGUGGAGUUCCUUCACGCCAAACAGAUCCUCCACCUGGAUCUGAGAUCUGAGAACACAAUAGUAACCGAACACAAGCUGCUGAAAAUUCUGGAUUUUGGGAACGCCCAUGUCUAUUCUCCAGACAAGGUCAUUGCUCCAGAGAAGUACAUGGAUUACUUGGAAACUAUGGCUCCAGAAGUUCUAGAAGGGCACGGGGCAGUUCCAACCACAGAUAUUUGGGCCGUAGGCGUUACAGCUUUCAUCAUGCUCAGCUCCGAUUAUCCAUUCAGCAGCGAUACACCAUCGGAAUUAGAGAAAGGCAUCAAGAAAGGGUUGAUUAGGUUCCCCCGCUGUUACGCCGGCUUGUCUGGGGGAGCUGUGUCUUUUCUUCAGAGCACCUUGUGGGCAAAUCCAUGGGGAAGGCCCUCAGCCUCUGAUUGUCUGAAGCUUCUAUGGUUACAAGAAGCCGGACUGGCCACUUUUCAGCAGCCUCCAAUCUUUUUCCCCAGCUCCAAGCUGAAAAACUUCCUUAGAGAGAGAAGGAAAAGAACCCAGCAGUCGGCUACUCUGUGACCUGGGCCUGGAGUCUUCCACUUGGACUGUGUCAAUUAGUAGGCCUCAGCAUGCCUAGUUCUAGAACUCUUUUCAAUAAAUAACAAUAGAGUUGUUUGUGCUGCAUCAAAGCUGACAACUGAAGUCUUGGUUGGUAUUCCCAAUGAAUAUACACUGUCUUUAGCUCAAUAUAGGAUUUAUUGUUUGACAUUACCCAGAAAUAUUUUUUUUUUGCUGUGUAUUAUGGUUGUGGUUUAAAUGCCAUAGGUAGGCCAGUGAUAUCUAAUUAGUGGCAUUGUCACAAGUCCCAGCGUCCUCCAGAAUGGCUGGUGGCCAAGACAUCAGUGGCCUAUGUAUUUUGUUGAGUUGCUGUAAUUAAUCUGUAAGAUUAGAGAACUUCAUUAUUAUUGCUUACUAGACAAUUUUGGUUUGUGUCCUACUAAGAACUUAGAAAUGUAAUACUACUACCUAACGCCUUUAUUCAUGAUCAAGGAAAAUUAUAUUAUUUAAAAAAAAAAAAUCAUAUUUUUCUAAUUUUGAAGACAUUUUUCACCACAAAAAUUAGGGGUGAGAAGCCUGUAACGUUAGCCUUUCUACAUCAGGAAGUCCUGCAACUGUAUGGGCUUGGUCUAUGGAGAAUCAGUUGAGUAGGCGGGUAUAUGGAAAUAUAUUUUCAUGAGUAGAUGUAGAGAUGAUUACCUUUGGACACCAAUUACAACUUGGUUGGAAGUGAGAUGUUCUCUAUUUUAUACUAUACUAAGUCCAUUUACAUGCAUAAUAUGCCAAAAGACAUAUCAGGAUGAAUGCAGUGCCAGCUCCAUAUUGUUUCUUGUAGGGAAACUCCCUAAUGAUGGUUUAGACCUCUUCAACCCCUCAUUAAAAAUGUACCCAUACACUUGGGCCGUGACCCCCAACCAGUGGCUCAUGAGCCACAUGUUGCUCUCCGUGGCCACAAAGCAGAUGCUAAUUUUUCAUUUUUUCCCUGGCUUGGAGGCAAGUUUUGGUUGCAUAAAAACCAGAUUUAUGGCCAAACAGAUCCUCCUGUAGGCUGCCAAUUCACAUAGGGGCUACCUAUAGCCAAUCACAGUUCAUAUUUAGCAGCUCUAGGAACCUUUUGCAUGAUUAUGUUGCUCUCCAACUUUUUUUUUACAUUUGAAUGUGGCUCAUGGGUAAAGUUGGGGACCCUUGGACUUGGGUGAGGACACUCUUUACUUUAUACUUCUUUCAAGAAUGCAGCCCAGGCUCUAUUUAAAUAGCUGCUACAAAACUAGUGUUAAGUUGCGUGGCUGUAGAUGUCCAGUGAGUGGUGGCUAUUCUCUUUGGCAUGUUAUAAGGUCCUAGAUUAACAAGUUGGACAGUUAUACAAAGACAUCUACAGUCAGUGAUGGGCCAUAGCAAUACACUGGAGGCCCACUUUCUGCCACAGGGUAUAUGGCCAACCUAAUGUUUGUAGCCAUAUUGAUUUAUGCUCUAUACUUGUUUAGUUUCCAUGACAUUAUGUAACAAGAAAUAGCCCGUGACCAGGAUACACCCUGGAUACAACCAUUUUUAUGAAGGAAGGCCAAGCAAUCUCUUCGGCCACAGGGCUUAUUACGUAAAA